GCACGCGCUUACGGAGAGGCACGCAUACACAGCAGCGGGCUCUCCUCGCAACAGGGAUAUCGCGUAUCCGAACCGGGACAAAGAAACGGGACAUUUUCCGGAAACGUCAAGGGCUCUGUUUGUUACAUUAGAGAGACGGGAAUUCGUGCGGUGCAUUUGUCGGCCAAUGUUGCGUAAAUGUGCGCGUAAGGACCGGUCCGUGCGCACAUACGCACAUACCGUUCUCGCGGCGUGGCUCUCGAUCGCUCGUUGUCUCGUCAUAUAGCAGACCGAGUUCAGUUCGACCGGAGCCCCGGGGACCAGUUUGUGUCGAAAUCACCCUCCUGUCCUAAACCAAGGGAACUAAAUGCUUCUUUAUGGAUGUAUAUGGAUCCCCUAUCUUCAUCGAGAUUUUUUUCCUCAGGAGUGGAUAUUCAUAUUCGGCAAGUCCGGAGAUACACUGAACUUCUGAAGGACUUCCACUGAAAGCAAAGAUAAAACCAGGGCAACUCGAUUGAUUUGAGUUAUAUAUACAUACAGUAAUAUAGUAAUGCAGCUUUCAACAGGAGCAGCUGAUCCUCUUUGAUUUAAUAUCUUAAACACUAUUGUCUGAAGAGUGAAAAGGUGCUUUAAAAAAAGAAAAUCCUAUACAUUUUAAAUAGGAAUCAAUACUUUCAGAAAAUUAUCCUAAUGACAUGGUGAAGACCAGAGAAUCUGUUGAUAAAUAACACUGAAUCAGUGUCCCCAUUCAAAGCAUGGUGGAUGCGAGUACAACCUGCAGAAUGAACCCUCUCAGUGCGCUUGGCAUUGAUCGGACCAGCCUGAUGCGGGAGAGCCUCCGCGUUCACGGAGGUAUGGUUUAUCCACCAGGAAUCCGGACCAUGCCAUCAGAAAAGGGCUAUGUUAGUGAUAGGAUCCCCGACCUGCUCUACAAACCAGAUGUGUCUCUUGACAGUAGAAAGACCACAAGCAGUUACAUUGGACUUUAUAAGAGUUCCCCACUAGGGAAUCAGAAGCCGCUGAUUGUGCACGGGACUGGUGCAGAUGCUUUAGGGUUGGACAGACGGGUUGUAUCAGCAGACAAGCCCCCAGAAUUGAGUCUGAAUGGGGGUGGCAGCUAUCUGCGUGUUCCCUGGAUGAGUCCCUACCAUGAAGCUGGAAUGUACCCUUUUUUAGAUUCCAGUAAAUAUGCUGCUUUGAACAUGUAUAAAUCAUCAAUCCUGGCACAACCGCCACCUUACCUUCCCCAGCAUCUGGCCUACCAGUCUCUAUGUGCAGGAGCAGGAGGCAGUGCAGCUAGUGCAGAGCGCUUGUUCUACAUGCCCCCCUAUCCCCCCACACCUAUAUCUUCACCCCUCGCUCCCCCUCUUAGGAUCCCCACCGCAACUGUCGCUCCUACAGCACUGUCACCAAUGAUGCACCACCAGGACAAAACCAUACAGAGUAUAGGUCCAAGGAUUCAUCAUGAACCCUCUACAUUUGGGCAGCAGACCAUACAUCAGCAGACGCAAUCCCACCACCAGUCUUCCAAUGACCGGCAACACAGCAGCAGCAGCGGGAAUGGUGCCAGCAACAGCAAAUCUAUUCGGACCCCAUCCAGCAAAAACACAAGUAGCACUAGCAGCAGUGUUAGCAGCAGUAGUAGCACUGGUGUUAGUAGCAGCCCCAGUUCCAUUGUCUCAGUAGACUCAUGUCCUUCACUGGUAAUGCAGCCAUCCCGCCCUACACCACGCCCCCCUCAACCAUCUGUGCCUGCCCCACCCCCUCCUCCACCUCUUGUGGACAGCACUAUGAAGUUCCAGAAGCCUCUGUACAGAAGUCCUUCCUCAUCUUCCUCAUCCUCACCAUUGGCUGCUCACCCUGUUUACAUAAGCAGCAUUUCACAAGAGCUUCGGCCCCCAAUUCGGACUAGCCAUAAGACUAAAGCCAAAGAGGCAACCUUAGAAACUAAGAAAGGUUUAGGAAAUGAACGAAAGGGCAGCAGCUCACCUGUUAAGACAACCUCUGAGAAACAACCUAAACAGGGGCCUGUUACCAAAGACCCAGCAGACAAGCCUUUAGACCUGUCUGCUAAAAUCAUGGAUUUUGAAGGACCUCCAAAUGGAUACCCCCAAAAAUUAGAAGCCUUAGGCAAACUUUGCUAUUCCCCCACCACUCGUUAUGGACUUCCUCCAAACAGGGAGCUUUUGAAAGAAACUCUGUCUCCUUCAUCCUCUGCUGUUAGCUCUUCUUCUAAAACUCCAGAAAGGCCGGAGAUAAUUAGCACUUUACCCUCUUCAUGGGUGGUGCCAAGUUCAACUCAGACAAUCAGCUCAGAAGUUAAUCAAAACAAAGGCUCCAGCAUCAUCAAUAACAAGAAUUUAGAGCAUGCAUUACCACAGUCAAGAAGUUCCUCAUGCCCAAGAAGUGACUACCAAAAUGGCUCAAUCCCAAAUUCUGCCCCUACUGUCAUGACUACAGCAUCUCGGCCAUCAUCGGUCUCGCCUUCCCCCAAGAUUAAUGGUGAAUGGCCCAAGUCGGGCCCCACCCCACCAGAAAAAAACGCAACUAAUAACCACGGUGGCAGUCAUCCCUUAGCCACAAAGCCCUCAAAGACACACAAAAAAAAUGAACCCCCUGAAAUUGGCUUCAAGCCCCAGUCCUCACAUUUAGAGAAUGGACAUAAUCCACGUCACCUCUACAUGCCUCAGGGUGAUGCUUAUCUUCAUCACAGUUUAGCAUAUCCUAGUAGAUAUCUCUCAUACCCAGUACCUGAGAGUCUGUCCCUCUCCCACAUGCAGAUGUCUGGAAAAGGGCCAGUGUACCAUCAUCCAGUUCUGCUGGGCACUAACAGUAUGUAUUCAGCACGUUUACAGCCAAAGCCUGGCCUCCCCUAUGGAAUCCCGCCCAGUCAUGGAGAGUAUCUGACCUACCAUGACUCGCAGGAGAUGGUUCAUCCACUAAUGUCUCCCCACCUGCCCCUUGACCACAAUAUCUCAGACCGUCUCGAGCUGAGGCACAGACCCCUGGACAAGCCUUGGCACCACGAGGAGGCUCCAUACAAACGCCAGAGCACCACCACAGACACAGAUCCAGGCUACAAAUCUGAAAGGGAUUCAGAGAGGCAAGAAGUUCUGGGCUCCAAGUCUCAGAGCAAGCAUCACACAGUGAAUAAAGAUGAGAUUGUCUGCAUCGACCUGGUCCAAGAUGACACAGAUGGCAGCCCAGAGCCAGACAAACACAGUGUCAUCGAUGCCAAAAGCAAAGAGCCAGCUAAGCCUGUCGGCAGUGGGACAGGAAUGGGGAAUGAGUAUGGCAUUAAUUCUGAGGCAAAAGAGCCAGAACUCAUGCAGAUCUUACGUUCCGGCCUGCCUGUCAUAUUCAGGCCAGCUGAGUCAGAGCAGCGGGCAGAGGUAUGCAGUCCACAUCGGCCGCAAAAGCAGCCUAACUCACCUUUGCACAGCCCGGGUGAAGAGAAUUCCUCUGAGCAUAGCCCACUACCUGACAUGUUGGAGGAGCAGACGCUGCGGUGUGCUAGAACUUCUGGCGAAAGGGCUUGGACUGACGGUGCAGAUCUCAAAGUUGAUUGGCACCACGCUAAUCGACAAUAUGUGGACUUGUGCAAGGAUAUAUCAGAAGACACAGAGUCCCAUGAGGAUGAGGAAGAAGGACAUGGAUUGUCUAAAAACAAAAGAUCCAGUCUGGCCAGGAGAAUAGCCAACUCGUCAGGCUAUGUUGGCGACCGCUUCAAAUACGUCACCACUGAGCUGUAUGCGGACUCCAGCAAGUUGAGCCGGGAACAGCGAGCCCUACAGAUGGAAGGAUUAUCACAAGAGGACAGUAAUUUAAGUCAACCAGCUGCAUUCUGGGAGCGUGCGAUGAUACGUUUCUCUGAGCUGGAGCUAAAGGAGAAGGAGGGGGGUGUGUCGUCUGCAGCACCCGAACAGGAGAGAGAGAGGGAGAGGGAGCUGGCAGAGAGCCAGCACGGAACGGGAGACUGGGAACAGAGCCAGCCAAACUCCAGGCCCUCCACGGCCCAUUCAGCCCUCUCCGAUCACACCGAACAGCACAACGGUGUGACGCUGACAUGUGCAAACAACAGAGUUCCCGUGCUCCAGCGGUGCGGCCCACAGGUCGAUGUCUCGCAGUCUCGCAGAGCAGAGGAGAAGAGAGCAAGGGAUGAGGAGGAGGGGUCUGUUGGCACACUGACGGGCAGGAAACGUGCGUUGGGUUUGGAAGCAAUCCAAGGCCAACCUGAUUGCACGCACACAGCGGAAGAGAGGGAAAGAGAUGGAGAGAGACAGGCAAGAGGAGAGGACGAUAACAGCAUCGCUGCGAAGAGAGCGAGACUGAUUUCAGACGUAUGGACGCAGCCUUCUGAGCAGGAGGUGAAGAAUCUGAAGGUGUGUAUCGAGUUGACGGGUCUUCGGUUAAGUAAACCCCGCCACCUCCAGGAUCUCUGGGACAGACGGGGGCAGCUCAACCAUGACAGGCCCCAAUUCAGAGCUCCCAACCUUGUUGUGCCUCCCACAUCCAAAUCCACUCUUCCACCACUCCAAACCGCCAGGAGGGAAAAGCUCAACCCUUGCUCCCCAGAGGUCCCGAGAGUUGCCCCUGGUGCCCCUGCUGUGGAUCGAAAGGUCAAAGCAAACGGAGUUGAAGAGAAAGGGCUGAAGAGGAAAGGCGAGGUGGAGAGAGGUUGGACAAAAGAACACCUGGAAUACGCAGAGUCCGACACAGCUAUUUCCGAUCACUUUGGCGGCUUUUGUGGGGAUUCCUCCGUUCGGAAAUACGGCGCUCUACCGUCACAUCUCUCGGAUAAACGGCAGCGGCUCAAGGAGCACCGCAAGUCCGUUGGUUCCUCCUCGCCUUCCACAGACCCCGACAGCACCUUCCCAUCGCGUUUGCGUCGCCAUGGCGACCCUGAAAAACCAAAAGGCAAGCGGCAGUGCAAGACCAAGCAUCUUGGCCAACAGGAGCGCAAGAUGCUGUCACAGUCGACCAAUGAGGACUGCCCUGAACUCAGUCCCGCCCACCAACACAAGGUGGUGAAACGUUCCGCCCAGAAACAACUAGCAUCUCAUUCUGAUUUCGAGACGUCUCCAGUAAAGCCCCGUCCUCCUUCCCCGGCCUACCAACCUGCAGAACCACCAACUCCCCCAUGCUCCAUCCCUGAAAUACAGACACCUCCGGAUGCCUCUGCGCCUCCAGUGGCGGUCGAGCCACCAUCCAGUCGGCCCAUGCCCCCCGAAGCUCGCCGACUCAUCGUCAAUAAGAACGCAGGCGAGACUCUACUGCAGCGAGCAGCACGUCUGGGAUAUGAGGAGGUGGUUUUGUACUGUCUGGAGAAUAAAGUGUGCGAUGUGAAUCAUCGUGAUAAUGCGGGUUACUGCGCGCUCCACGAAGCCUGUUCCCGCGGUUGGCUCUCCAUCGUACAGCACUUACUGGAGCACGGAGCCGACAUCAACUGCAGUGCGCAAGACGGCACCAGGCCUCUCCAUGAUGCAGUGGAAAAUGAUCAUUUGGACGUGGUCCGGAUGUUGCUGUCUUACGGUGCCGAUCCGACUCUAGCUACCUACUCUGGCCGCGGCUUACUCAAGAUGACCCACAGCGACAUAAUGGAGGGGUUUCUGUCCGAUUACUUUGCUGACCUGCAGGGCAGACCAGACGAUGAUCCUGGUGUGUACUGGGAGUUUUAUGGCAGCGCAGUGUGUGAGCCUGGUGAUGAUUCAUCCGGUUAUGACAUCCUGGCCAACCCUCCCGGCCCUGGCGAAGAUGAGGACGAACAGAGAGAAGUGUUCGAAUUUGAGUUCUCAGACCGACCGCUGCUGCCGUGCUACAACAUCCAGGUCUCACUCUCACAGGGACCUAGAAACUGGUUGCUGCUCUCCGAUGUUCUCAAGCGUCUAAAGAUGUCUGCCAGAACGUUCCGCGCCAGGUUCACGCACAUCGAGGUGGUGACGAUUGCCGAGGCGGAAUUCUACAAGCAGGCGUCUCUCAGUCAGCUGUUCUCAUGUCCGGAAGAGCUCGAGGGAUUCAUGCCCGACAGCAAGGAACUCUUGGAUUUGGUGGAAAUCAGCGGCGAGCUGGUGGCACUGUUGGGGUCAUCGCUCGAAUGUCUGGACAAUCGCUGGGAACCGGCAUCCAGACCUCGCUCGUGAGCCUUCGCACAUAUACUCGACACUCGCAUGGACAUGAGGAGCACUAGAAGUGAAGGACAGGGAUGUUCUGGGACUGUCCUUGACAUUUCAAGGAACUUCUGGACUGUGAGCCAAAGGGAUCGGUCCCAAUGUAACCGAUAUUUCUGUUUGGCUACAAGACCGUUUCGGAAUAUUUCAUGCAUCUUGCAUUCUCCUCGCCUACUAAUUCAAUCGGUGACGACGCAAAUCUGUACAUAGUGUACAUUCUGCAGAUAUACAAAGAGGACCUUUGAGAUGUGGAUCACUGUCUUCAGCUAACUUGAAGAUACAAAGCCAUGCUCACAACGAGGAAUUCUUUUGUUUAAAAGAUAUGUUUUCUAAAUAGGAAAAUAACUAUAUAUAGAUAUAUAUACAGUCACUGUAUUUUAUUUGUGUGUAUUAUAUAGAUAUAAAUAUAUGCGCUGCCUUUUUGUCUUGUUUGGUCAGGUCUUUAUUUUAUAAUUGGAGUAACGAUGGCCAGAGAACUGGUGUAAAUAUAAUUGGGGGUGGAUUGGGGUUUUAAUCGCGAUGUCCACGUUGACGUCGGAAACGGCUCUUCGGACGUACAGAGGCUGAAAGUCCCUUUGGUUCAUCGAGAGUUAAUUAGUGCACUUCGUCAGAGAUUUUCCCUAGCGACUCGAAUGCCUCGCACAAGUGGAGUAGAUGUUUAUAUGGUGUUGACCAGUAACCAGUGUGGGAUUUUUCAGUCUCAGUGUUAAACUCUAACUUACAAAGCCGUUUCGUACCCUGUACGCAAGCUUUUGCUUUGACUACAGUAACUUAUUUAUGAGGAGAAAUUAAGAUAUUUUAUUGUGGCUUUUCUUUGUAAAAUACUAAUCUGACGCUUUGUUUGGCAAAGAUAUGCUUGAACUUGUAAAUAAUGGGUUGACUAUUCAGUAACUUGUUUCUGACGUGUGUUAUUAUUGUUUUUGCAGAAGUGUUCGGACUUUGUAAUUACAUACGCUAUCAUUUGUAUUUAUAUUUUACCAAAAAAAGUUCCUUUAAAUAAAUGGCAAUAAA